AGAGAGAGAGAGAGAGAGAGAGAGAGAGGGAGGGAGGGAGAGAGAGAGAGAGAGAGAGAGAGAGAGAGAGAGCGGCGCCUUCCAAGGGGGCAAUACGGAACCGGCAGAGCGUGGGAUGAAAUCGAAAGGACGGCAGGAGAGGAAUCCAGCAUCUAUCACCCAUCAUCCAACAUCCAUCAUCCAGCACCCAGCAUCCCCCACCCAGCAUCCAUCAUCCAGCACCCAGCAUCCCCCACCCAGCAUCCAUCAUCCAGCACCCAGCAUCCCCCACCCAGCAUCCAUCAUCCAGCACCCAGCAUCCCCCACCCAGCAUCCAUCAUCCAGCACCCAGCAUCCCCCACCCAGCAUCCAUCAUCCAUCAUCCAUCACCCAGCAUCCAUCACCCAUCACCCAUCAUCCAGCAUCCAGCACCCAGCAUCCCCCACCCAGCACCCAGCCUCCAGCAUCCCCCACCCAGCAUCCAGCCUCCAGCAUCCCCCACCCAGCAUCCAUCAUCCAGCACCCAGCACCCAGCAUCCAACAUCCAGCAUCCAUCAUCCAGCACCCAGCAUCCAGCAUCCCCCACCCAGCAUCCAGCACCCAGCAUCCCCCACCCAGCAUCCAUCAUCCAUCACCCAGCAUCCAGCAUCCCGCAUCCAGCACCCAGCAUCCAGCAUCCAUCACCCAGCAUCCAGCACCCAGUAUCCAACAUCCCCCACCCAGCACCCAGCCUCCAGCAUCCAUCAUCCAGCACCCAGCCUCCAGCAUCCCCCACCCAGCAUCCAGCCUCCAGCAUCCCCCACCCAGCACCCAGCCUCCAGCAUCCCCCACCCAGCAUCCAGCCUCCAGCAUCCCCCACCCAGCACCCAGCCUCCAGCAUCCCCCACCCAGCACCCAGCCUCCAGCAUCCCCCACCCAGCAUCCAGCCUCCAGCAUCCCCCACCCAGCACCCAGCCUCCAGCAUCCCCCACCCAGCCUCCAGCCUCCAGCAUCCCCCACCCAGCACCCAGCCUCCAGCAUCCCCCACCCAGCACCCAGCCUCCAGCAACCCCCACCCAGCACCCAGCCUCCAGCAUCCCCCACCCAGCACCCAGCCUCCAGCAUCCCCCACCCAGCACCCAGCCUCCAGCAUCCAUCAUCCAGCACCCAGCCUCCAGCAUCCAUCAUCCAGCAUCCAGCCUCCAGCAUCCCCCACCCAGCACCCAGCCUCCAGCAUCCAUCAUCCAGCACCCAGCCUCCAGCAUCCAUCAUCCAGCACCCAGCACCCCGCAUCCAACAUCCAGCAUCCAGCCUCCAGCAUCCCCCACCCAGCACCCAGCCUCCAGCAUCCAUCAUCCAGCAUCCAGCCUCCAGCAUCCCCCACCCAGCAUCCAGCCUCCAGCAUCCCCCACCCAGCACCCAGCCUCCAGCAUCCCCCACCCAGCCUCCAGCCUCCAGCAUCCCCCACCCAGCACCCAGCCUCCAGCAUCCCCCACCCAGCACCCAGCCUCCAGCAUCCCCCACCCAGCACCCAGCCUCCAGCAUCCCCCACCCAGCACCCAGCCUCCAGCAUCCCCCACCCAGCCUCCAGCCUCCAGCAUCCCCCACCCAGCACCCAGCCUCCAGCAUCCCCCACCCAGCACCCAGCCUCCAGCAUCCCCCACCCAGCACCCAGCCUCCAGCAUCCCCCACCCAGCACCCAGCCUCCAGCAUCCCCCACCCAGCACCCAGCCUCCAGCAUCCAUCAUCCAGCAUCCAGCCUCCAGCAUCCCCCACCCAGCACCCAGCCUCCAGCAUCCAUCAUCCAGCACCCAGCCUCCAGCAUCCCCCACCCAGCAUCCAGCCUCCAGCAUCCCCCACCCAGCACCCAGCCUCCAGCAUCCCCCACCCAGCACCCAGCCUCCAGCAUCCCCCACCCAGCCUCCAGCCUCCAGCAUCCCCCACCCAGCAUCCAUCAUCCAGCACCCAGCAUCCAACAUCCAACAUCCCCCACCCAGCCUCCAGCCUCCAGCAUCCCCCACCCAGCACCCAGCCUCCAGCAUCCCCCACCCAGCAUCCAUCAUCCAGCACCCAGCCUCCAGCAUCCCCCACCCAGCACCCAGCCUCCAGCAUCCCCCACCCAGCACCCAGCCUCCAGCAUCCCCCACCCAGCACCCAGUAUCCAGCAUCCCCCACCCAGCCUCCAGCAUCCUCCCUGACUCCGGGAUAGGAUACCCAUUACCCGAGAUGGAGGAUUCCGUUGCCCUAAUCCCAUCUCCGAAUCCCUACCCGCUCCUCCUCCUCCCCUCCUCUCCUCCUCCUCCUCCCCCCUUCCUCCUCCUCCUACCUCCUCCUCCUCCUCCCCCCCCUAAAACAGCAACAGCAAAGCACAACAAGCAACUGAAGUUUCAUUUACCUCUUACUGAAGUCACGCUUUGUAUCCUCGUGUUCUUUGUUUACAUCGGUCCACGAAAGCGAGUGCAGAGAUUCUCUUAUCUCCUAUUUUACGGUGCAUCUUGGCACAUUAGGGCGGGAUUCCUAUCUCUAAUGGCUGGGAUAAUGGCCUUCGAGUUCAAUCAGUAUUAG